UUAGUAAGUAAUGACUCCUCUUGAUUCUUCCAUAACCUGCUCGACAUGUACGAGAACGACAAUGGAACUGUCCACAGUCUCCAUCUUCCUCUAGAGACUUCCUCAUGCGUGCUUUAAAUACCCCGACCCUCAUCCACGAUCGCCAAGAACACAUUGAAGAAGAAAAAGAAGCUGUUGUUCACUUCGUCUGAAAAAUUCCUCCAUCGAAGAAGAGAGAAAUGGAUUUGAGGUUCUUGGGACUUGAAGCACCUCUACUCCACUCCGUCCAGGAGAUGAUGGAUUUGACAGAUGAUGUUGAGAAGUCAAACGCGCCGAGCCGCACCUGAGUAAGGGAUGCGAAGGCUAUGGCUUCAACUCCGGCUGACGUCAAAGAGUAUUCCAACGCCUAUGUGUUUAUCAUCGACAUGCCCGGUUUGAAAUCUGGGGACAUCAAGGUCCAGGUGGAGGAUGACAAUGUGCUGUUGAUCAGCGGAAAGAGGAAGCGUGAGGAGGAGAAGGAAGGGGCUAAGUAUGCGAGGAUGGAAAGGAGGGUUCGCAAGUUUAUGAGGAGGUUUAAACUGCCUGAAAAUGUUAAUACUGAUGCUAUUUCGGCGGUCAACCAGGAAGGGGUUUUGACGGUCAGUGUGGAAAAAGUGCCACCGCCGGAGCCCAAGAAGCCCAAGACCAUUGAGGUUAAGAUUGCUUGAGCGGUAAUAACUGGGGUCAAGUUUGGUUGGCUACUGGAAAUAAUGUUGGCUUACGCUGGGAGUUUGGUGUGCAUUAUGAAUACUGUAUAUUUGCUGGUUUUUUUUUUUUUUUGUGAGGCUGAUAUGAUAUGUCCAUGCGUCUAUGCCCUUGAGAUAAUCACACUUGUAAUCAUCUUUCAAUCCCUGCAAGAAAGCAAUCUCAAGCAAAGGUUAAAAGGCACAACAGACAGGAUACUACUGGCACCAAGGAGUCUGACAGUGUCUUGUCAACACUAAUCGUGUCCUUAUUCAACUCGAAUCCUAUAAUUGCUCCGUCCUAUCAUUGUCAAGGACCAGAACACAUGUCCCAGGCUGGCAUGGGGAGCAAGGACUGGACUGCUAUUACAAUUGAAGUUGCCUUCCCCUACAAAAGCGAACAAUGCCAAAUAAAAAAACGCCAAAAAAAUGAAGACUUUACUAAGGCGAGUCAAUAACUUUAUCAGCCAUGAUAAUGAAGAAUCAAAGUAUUUUGAUGUAGAAAAAAAGGGCGUCAAGAAAAUACAGCCUCAAGAAUCAAACCAUUCUAGUAUUUUGGUCUAAGGCUCUCAAUUUUAUGCGUCCAGAAUAGUAUGCUGAUAGUUCUGUUCCUUCAAGGAAAACCCAGGUACUGUUUAUGGGUUUUGUAAAUUAUCAUUUAUCAAUGCAACUCUGCUAGGCCCCAAAUUCUGAUU